AUGACUACCUUCUAUGCCAGUCCCUUUUGUUUAUCAAGACAAACACCUCGACGUAAAUUAUUCGCGACAAGUGAAGACGAUGAAAGUCCGAUGAUCCUGUCUGUGAAAUCAUCGAAAUCAACUACUUUCGUCAACCAAACAAAUCCAGCUGUCAUUCCAUCUGAUGGCAUUGUUACAAUGCGACCAAUAUUAUCUUCUGUUGAUAAUAAUAACCUCGGAUUAACUCGUCAGUCCAAACUUGAACACUUUGGAUUCGAUAUGUUACCUCGUUCAAGCAAAGUUUUAAAACGUCAAUCAUGUAAAGAAAACUCGAAAUUAAUUCAGAAUUCACUUGUGCAUACGCAAUGUAGUCAAAAAACGAAAAAAAUUCGAACAAUCGAAGUUCAACAACCGAUUCCAUCCUCAUGUCAUACAAUGAAAACACGAUCACAUUCGUUAUCUGAUUCUCAUUCAGAUCAUUUAGUCAAACUAUUCGAUAAAACACUUUCAACCGUCACACCUGUACGUGAUAGUACCAAUGAUGAUAGUGCUAUUGGAAAUCGAUAUCGACGUGGACAACCAUUACCGUUAAUCCUAUCAGAUAGUAGUCAUGAAGAUGAUACACCUAUAUUGACAUUGAACGUUAGUGAUUUAUCAUCAACGGAAAGAAAAAAACGAGCAUUUGAACAACUUCAACUUGAUGAGAACAGUUGUGAUCGAUCACUGAAACGAAGCAAAGUAACACAUGAUGGUGAAAAUAAAGAAAAUGCUUUCUAUAUUCCGCCACCGAGCUCAAUUCGGGUUCGACGAGGAUUGGUUCGUAGCCUAUCAGAGUUACAUCCGAGUUCAAAUGAAGAACAAAUCAAAGCAUCUGUAGAACUUGGUUCAAAUCGGAAUUUAACCGGUGAUCGUUCACGAGCGUAUUUAUUACCAAGAUGUACCAGUCGAAAGCAUGCGGAUCUUGCCUGUAUCAGUGCUGAAACAAUGAUCGAUUUACUGCGAAAUAAGUACUCGUCUGAGAUUGAACAGUUACAUGUAAUUGAUUGUCGCUAUCCGUACGAAUACGAUGGUGGUCAUAUAUCGAUAGCGAAAAACUUCUUCACACGGCCACAAGUCUAUCAAGAAUAUUUUCGAUCACCAAUCAAAUUAAACGAUCCAUCAAAACGAAUUGUUUUUGUAUUUCAUUGUGAAUUUUCAUCAGAACGUGCACCAUCACUCUUACGCUAUAUGCGAUCAGAAGAUCGAAAUAUUCAUGCACAUAAUUAUCCAGCUCUUCAUUAUCCCGAACUUUACUUACUAGAAGGCGGUUACAAAGCAUUAUUUGAACAUUCAACAGAAUUUUGUACACCAAAUUUUUAUCGUACAAUGUUAGAUGAACAAUUUCAAGAGCAAUGUCGACAGUUUCGAUCAUUUUCUAAACAAUCAGAAAAAUUCACUUGUUUGAAAGAAGAUGUGUCAGAUGUUAUUGAAACUAUACAAACCAAUAGUAGACGUACACGUACAACGCUUCGUUCAAGUCUGUCUUUAUGUUUUACGAGUACAUCCCUCGAAAAUCAAAUCGACUUUUCUUGA